UGGAGGAAUGCGUGUACAGCUGGGAGCGGCAGGAGAGCAGCACAGCCCUGUGGGGAUACGAGUGAAGGUGAUUCCCUGUGAGGACACAGCAGGACCCCUCCAGAGCCUGGAGGAACGUGGGGUCUCACCGGGAAGAGGGGGAGCUCCCUUUCUGCUCCAUCACCUACUGCAUUUCCAGGGAUCUAUACCAGGAUUUGGGGUUGGAGCCUGGAGACCUACUAGUGCCAUAGGAUUGCUGGAGAGCCUGACAGCGAUGGGGGACCCACCACAGAGGAGGGACGUUCCUCCGGGAGGCCCCACACAGCCGUGAGCCCUGGCUGCCGGUGGCGGAGGGUGCCUGGGGCUGGGCUGCUCAGCCAGCCCUGGGCUGGGGGCGGAGGCGCGCUGCUUGCAGGGCACGGCCGCCGAGGGCCGAAGGGCCGGGCUGGGGUCCGCAGCGGCCGGCCCGAGCCCCGGGACAGCGGGGCUGCCCGCUGAGCCGCUGCUGCUGCAGGCGCCUCUCCCCGGGGUGGCGGUGGGGGACAGAGCCACCCUCGGUCCCUGGGCUCGCCGCGGAUGUGCCCCCGCGCAGCGCCGGMGGGAGCGCUCCCCUAGUGCCGGCGCCGAGGCGCGGAGGGCAGCCCGCCUCACCAUGGUGCUGCCGCCGCCCGACAAGCGCCACGUCUGCCUCACCACCAUCGUCAUCAUGACCAGCAUGGCCUUCAUGGACGCCUACCUGGUGGAGCAGAACCAAGGGCCCCGCAAGAUCGGCGUCUGCAUCAUCGUGCUGGUGGGGGACAUCUGCUUCCUGAUCGUGCUGCGCUACGUGGCCGUGUGGGUGGGGGCCGAGGUGAAGACGGCCAAGCGGGGCUACGCCAUGAUCCUGUGGUUCCUCUACAUCUUCGUGCUGGAGAUCAAGCUGUACUUCAUCUUCCAGAAUUACAAAGCGGACAAGAAGAACCUGGAGACGGUGGCCAGGAAAGCUCUGACCCUGCUGCUCUCCAUCUGUGUGCCGGGGCUCUACCUGGUGCUGGUGGCCUUGGACAGCAUGGAGUACAUACGGACCUUCCGGAAGAAAGAGGACUUGCGGGGACGCCUCUUCUGGGUGGCCCUCGACCUGCUGGACAUCUUGGACAUCCAGGCCAACCUGUGGGAGCCGCACAGGACCGGCCUGCCCAUCUGGGCAGAGGGGCUCAUGUUCUUCUACUGCUACAUCCUGCUCCUGAUCCUGCCUUGCGUGUCGCUCAGCGAGAUCAGCAUGCAAGGGGAGCACAUCGCCCCGCAGAAAAUGAUGCUCUACCCCGUCCUCAGCCUGGUCACCAUCAACAUCGUCACCAUCUUCAUCCGCGCCGUCAACAUGAUCUUGUUCCAGGACAGCAGGGUCUCCACCAUCUUCAUCGGCAAGAACAUCAUCGCGAUCGCCACCAAGGCGUGCACCUUCCUGGAGUACAAGCGGCAGGUGAAGGAGUUYCCGCAGAACGCCAUCGCCCUGGAGCUCCAGCAGAACUCCCUCUCGCACAACCAGACCAUCCACAGCGCGCAGGGCAUCCCCCACGAGCCGUCGCCCACCAGCGAGAUCCUGGACACAUGAGGGACGYCCCAGCCCAGCGUUGGUUCAGACGGCCCCGUGCCCAGCGGGAGGGGGGUGACGCUGCUUUCUUGCUGCCCGGUGCAAGCGCGACAGACAAAUCCCGGCAGCGAGGGCUCUUCUAGGCACAAAACCACCGACCGCGUUCUAAUUGAGCUAUGGAGUGUCCUCUCGACGUCUUCAUCUCAGGUAUAACCCUAGGAGUCCUCCAGACAAACCAAAUGGACUUGCAAAGGACCUGAACCAGCUGACCCCCUCUCCCACUCCUCCCACCAUCUCCCUUCCCGAGCAAAGACCGCUAAGGUUGCGAUGUCCCUUUUUACUCCCCGACAACCUCACCUUUACUCCAAGCCUGGAUCGAAGAUUUUGUUACUGGAGACCUUUUUACGGAGUGGGGACAAGGGCAUAGGGGUGCGGAUGGA